AUGAUAUCGCAAAUGGAUAACCAAAAUGAAGAAAGUCCCAAGCAGUUCCAUUCGGACUUCAGCAUCGAUCACAUCCUUAAUAGGGCUGGAAAUAGUAGAAUCAGCAGCGAAGAAACCAGGACUAGUGUUAAUUAUCCGUUAGAUCCUUAUUCGUGGUUACAGUGCACCAGAUACUGCCCACCAAAAAUACCAAUUCAGAAAAGAGAAGGUCCUCAAAAGAGACAAUUAGGAAGACAUCCUAGAAUACCCUUUACAAGUCAUCAAUUAUCCAUCCUAGAAGAAAAGUUUAAGACAAGCCCGUAUCUAAGCAGUGAGGAAGUAAUUACUCUUUCAAAAAAACUGGAUCUAGCUGACAUUCGAGUGAAAAUUUGGUUUCAAAAUCGUAGAGCGAGAGAAAGAAGGGAACGUUCAGCAUCAAACUCGACCGACUCGUUAGUUCCAAGCCCUGGCAAAAGUGGAGUUUCAGAAGACAUGGAUCGAACAACGAAAAGUCCAAUAGUUAAGCAAGAGGUGGAAAGUAACUCACCACCGCAAUCGCCAAAAACUUUGGAUGGCAAAAGAAAGAAAGAACUAUUCAGUUACAAGUUCGACAAAGUCAUUAGUACCAAGUCCUGA